AUGCCAGGACCAGGAACUUUAUUUACUUUAGGAGCCGUAGGUGUUGCAGGAGCAACCAUGUACGCUCGCCGUAAUUCGGGUACUGAGCAGAACAGCAGCACACGAGGCCCUGCUCCUCCCCAGCUGUCUUCCCUGACAAGCUCAUCAACCACAGGCCCGUCAGCAAGAGCAGUCCGGGCCGAAAGAAAGGCAGCCGGCCCAAGCAGUGCAACUACAACCACGGCCUUUAAUCUCAAGAGUGGACUCAAGACAGGCGAGGCAACAAUUAAUGGUGCAGCCGCAACAGCUGGAACAAGAGCCGCCGCAAGGGCAGAAGCAAGGGCAGCCCAAUUGGCCGAUGAUAGCAGUGAAUGGGAAGGACAGAUCAGUCCUCAUGUCAUGGCUCGUCGUGGCUCACGCGGCACCUCGAAUGAUCUCUGGGACUCUGACAAACAGGCCGAGCACCAUUGGCGUCGUGAUUAUGGAAUCAAUUUUGGUCACAAUUCUCAUCCCAAAUUCCCUUUUAACCAUUCUCAAAAAUAA